GGUGGGGUGCAAGGCAGCAGGAGGUCUACAGGGCAAGAGUUGGCUGUGGAGGGCAGGAGACCUAGAGAGGUCUUCUUGUAAGGGGGCCAAGCAGAGGUCAGGCCUGAAGUCCAAGCUCCCCUGCUGGGGCAGACUAGGGUCAGUGCAGGCCACUUGUGACUCAGCCUGUGCAGGCUGGGGUGGGCGCAGCUUCCUGCCAUCCCUCACUGAGGCCUGGCAGCUUUCUCUUCUAGGACCCUCGACCCCAGAAAUGGGCUCUAUGGCCCUCCUUAGUUUCCCAGAGUGUGGGGAGGGACAGCUGCUAGGGUGGGGCCUGCAGGCAGGUGUCUGGCGUCUGUCUGCCUCCCCAGCUGCCCUGACAGGUGUCCAGGAACUAUGAGGGUACAGUGACUCACAGAGGCUCAGGGGGAGAAACAGCCUGGCAGACAGGCGCCACGCAGCACCCCUUCCAUCCCCCAAAUUAAGGAGAAAGGAACAACUUCAGCUUCUGAGUAUGCCGACCCCGCGCAUCGUGGUCCCUCUCAGCCUGUGUGAGCCAGAUUGGUGACCCCUUCUGGCUUCCCACCUCCUUUCGUGGCCCUCUUCACUCAGGACCCCUAAUUUCUCUGUUGACUUAAAUGCCCUUCCCCGAAGGUCUUCUCAGGCCUAGUUGGGUAGGCCUGGAGCCUUAUCUGUCCCUGCCCCGCUUCCAGCCUAAGCUCAGGCUCACCCCAGCUUCUUCACAAAUAACAGCCUGGAUUGUCAUGCUAUGCCUGUCAUUAAGGGUCUUGCUCUUGGUCCUUCGCCUGUAUGUCCAUGUCUGUGACCCCAGCUCAUGCUCCCCUCCUCCCCCAUAUCACGGAUGGAAAGGUGGAGGCCAUGGGCCAGGCCACUAAACUUAUGGAAGCCUUUUCUCCUUUCUAGCCCUCAGAGAUUCCCUUAACCUCCCUUUGGCAGCAGAUAGGGCUGGGCUGGUAGGGUAAACUGAGAACUGGGGUGGGGACAGGGGUCUGGCCCUCAGGGAAGGAGCAGUCCUUUUGAGGCUUGAGCAGCAUCCUGUGGGCCCCUCCCCUGCCAGGCCUGGGCGGGGGAGGGGGCCUGGGCUCCCGCUGCCUUAAAAGGGCUCAAUGCCUUGGCUCUCUCCUCCCAACCCCCCCCCCCCAGCCUUGGCCCUGGCUGCAUCUUCCCGGAGGCCCACUUUCCCUAACCCCUUUCUUCUCCACGACCCACCAUCUCCCCUUUUCCCCUCACUCCUCCCUCCUCCGUCCCUACUCCCAGUCCUGACUACUUCCCUAAGGGAGAGCUGGCCUCCCUCUGUCCACUGCCCCCAAGUCUCCAGCCUUCAGACCUUCCUGCUGAGCUGCCUUAGGGGAGAACCAUCUGCUCUUGAGGUUUGACUUGGAGCCCAUUGCAGCAAGGCUUAAGGAGGUCCGAUUGCAGAGGGAUGACUUUGAGAUUCUGAAGGUGAUUGGGCGCGGGGCGUUCAGUGAGGUAGCAGUGGUGAAGAUGAAGCAGACGGGCCAAGUGUAUGCCAUGAAGAUUAUGAAUAAAUGGGACAUGUUGAAGAGAGGCGAGGUGUCAUGCUUCCGGGAAGAGAGAGAUGUGUUGGUGAAAGGGGACCGGCGCUGGAUCACGCAACUGCACUUCGCCUUCCAGGAUGAGAACUACCUGUACCUGGUCAUGGAAUACUACGUGGGCGGGGACCUGCUAACGCUGCUGAGCAAGUUUGGGGAGCGGAUCCCCGCCGAGAUGGCGCGCUUCUACCUGGCCGAGAUUGUCAUGGCCAUAGACUCGGUGCACCGGCUGGGCUACGUGCACAGGGACAUCAAACCAGAUAACAUUCUUCUGGACCGAUGUGGGCACAUCCGCCUGGCGGACUUCGGCUCCUGCCUCAGACUGCAGCCGGACGGGACGGUGAGGUCGCUGGUGGCUGUGGGUACCCCGGACUACCUGUCUCCUGAGAUUCUGCAGGCUGUGGGCGGAGGGCCUGGGGCAGGCAGCUACGGACCGGAGUGUGACUGGUGGGCACUGGGCGUGUUCGCCUAUGAAAUGUUCUAUGGGCAGACACCCUUCUACGCAGACUCCACGGCCGAGACAUAUGCCAAGAUUGUGCAUUACAAGGAACACUUGUCUCUGCCACUGGCAGACACAGGGGUCCCUGAGGAAGCUCAGGACCUCAUUCGGGGGCUGCUGUGCCCUGCUGAGAUCAGGCUAGGCCGAGGUGGGGCAGCUGAUUUCCAGAAGCAUCCGUUCUUCUUUGGCGUUGACUGGGAGGGUCUCCGAGACAGUGUGCCCCCCUUUACACCAGACUUCGAGGGUGCCACGGACACAUGCAACUUCGAUGUGGUGGAGGAUUGGCUCACUGCCAUGGUGAGCGGGGGCGGGGAGACACUGUCGGACAUGCAGGAAGACAUGCCGCUCGGGGUCCACCUGCCUUUUGUGGGUUACUCCUACUCUUGCAUGGCCUUCAGAGACAGUCAGGUCCCAGACCCCACCCCUAUGGAACUGGAGGCCCUGCAGUUGCCCGAGUCAGACUUGCAAGUGCUGGACUUGGAGCCCCCAGUGUCCACACCGGAUCAAGUGGCUGACGUGGCAGACCCAGUGGCUGCCCCUAUGGCAGAGCCAGAGACUGUGGUGACGCUGCGGGAGCUGCAGGAAGCCCUGGAGGAAGAGGUCCUUACCCGGCAGAGCCUAAGCCGUGAGCUGGAGGCCAUCCGAACGGCCAACCAGAACUUCUCCAGCCAACUACAGGAGGCCACGGUCCGGAACCGAGACCUAGAGGCGCACGUUCGCCAGCUCCAGGAGCGGAUGGAGAUGCUGCAGGCCCCGGGAGCUGCAGAUAGCCCCCCGGCCGUGGCUCUGGGCCAGUGCCCGCUGGUGGGGCCAGGCCCCACGCACCGCCGUCACCUGCUGCUCCCAGCCAGGGUCCCUAGGCCUGGCCUAUCCGAGGCGCGUUGCCUGCUCCUGUUCGCCGCUGCUCUGGCUGCUGCCGCCACACUGGGCUGUACUGGGUUGGUGGCCUUUACCGGCCAUCUCACCCCAGUCUGGUGUUUCCCGGGAGCCACCUUCGCCCCCUGAACCCUAAAACUCCAAGCCAUUUUUUAAUCUAGGCCCUCUUGGAAGGACGGGUGACCCGGGAGCGUCCCGGAGUGUCUCGUGCUCAUCCGCACCACCCCGCCCCACCCCAGUCGCCCAUCCACAUUUCUGGGAGCCUGGGUCGUUCCCCAGCUCCGCGCCUGUGAUCCGGGCCCGCCACCUGGCGGCCGGGGAGGGAGGAACGGGACAGGGCUGGUGGCUAGCACGCUGCAGCUGCUGCCCGGGCGUUUGCCGACCGCGCUUUCUCAGCCCGACUCGGAUGGGCAAACUAGAUCUACGCAGCACGUCCGACUUCACUUUUCAUGCUCCCAGUCGUCGGUCACAAACCGUAAAUCCUUGCGCAUGAACCCCUCCAGGGACGUCCCAUUCCCGCAGUGACAGAUCAGCAAGACUGCCCGCUCUUACGGGAGUCUUUGGCUUCGGACAGACCCCUUCCUCACGUACACUCCCAUCGGAGCCACAGUUGCACCCCCCCCAAGGCAGUGUGGGUAUUUAUUGACCUUGCCCUCUGACUCACUGACAGACUCCGGGACCCACGUUUUGGAUGCACUGAGACUCGACAUUCCUCGGUAUUUAUUGUCUGUCCCCACCUACGACCCCACCCCCGACCCCAGCGAAUAAAUUACUUUCUGGUCUGCCCUGA